UCUGCAGCUUCAUUUCCUUCCCCAGGGCUUGCUAGAGUUUUUAUCUCCCUGAAUUUAGCUAGGAUUGAUUAAGUCCUUCCUGCUUCAACGUGAGGGAAUAAGAAAGCUCAGAUUACUAACUGGUCCUACUUUCUAUGCCAAGUUCCCAAGAUAUCCCAGGCUAGAAAAGUGUUGGACUGCUCGGCAGGCGUGGGACUCCUCCGGACAUGGCCCACGGUGCCAUACUGGCCUGGGCCUGGGCUCUGACUCUGGGAGCGGUCCAACGGGCCCAAACAGGCUGCGCCGAGCUCGGUCGCUGCUGUCCGGGCCGGGACCUGACUUGCAUCUCCCGGGGCUGGACAGCGGCAGGUUUCUCGCUGGGCCCCCAGCCCUGCUACUGCGACCAGGCGUGCAGCGCAGCCGGGGACUGCUGCCGGGAUUAUGGGAGUGCCUGUCCAGCCGUGACCUGUGCAGUAUCAGAGUGGAGCGGUUGGAGCCGGUGUGUUGAACCCUGCACUGUCUCUUUUCGAGUCCGGAGGAGACAAGUCCUAAGAGAGCCGAGGAAUGGGGGUGCUCCCUGCCCCCCACUGGAGGAGAGGGCUGGUUGUGUGGAAUACUGGAGCCAUCAGGGAGUGGAGUGCAAACAAGCUCUGAUCCCAGCUCUCAUAACCACUGGGGCCUUCCGGAAUGGGAGGAAAAAGAGGGCCGUGGCCCAUGAGAGAAAGUCAGCUGGGUACUGUGUCAUGUUCCAGCUUGUGACAAUCACUGUGGGCUGCCUUCAGAUAAGGGCCCCCUACACUCAGUGGAUGAGGUACCUCACCCAAGGGCAUGUGGUCUGUGUGUUGUGUGAGCCACCUGCCCUGGAUAUGAGAAGCCUUCGGUGCUAUGGGGAUGGUAAAGGAUCCAGAGGGGACCAGCUGUUUCAGUGGCAGGCCCUUGGCAAUCCCAGCUGUAGAGGGACCUGGAAGAGAUUUCAGCAGCUGGAAGCCUGUUCCUGCCCUUCUGUCCACAGCUUCCUGUUUGUCUAGGGGGCGUGGACUUGAGCUGUCUACCUACAGAGGGCCUCUGAGCUUUGGGACACCGGUGGAUGGUACCCUCUCCUAACCUGCCCCUCCCCAAGACUGAAAGAAUCCUGUGUCUUACGUUCUUCUGGUCAUGGGAAGGUCCUCCUCCCUUCUCCCCCUACCAGUCUUAAAAACACGGGAAAUCUCCACCCCCACCCCUUUCUGUUUUCCCUUUUUUUUCCUUUCCCUUUUCUUUAUACCAGUCUGGCCUGAAACACCCACUGUAGAGAAUAAAGAUGUUUUGGAGAAACUAUA